UUGCACGACACGUAUUUCACCCAUGAACUGCGUAAAUCGUGUUUUCUAUCACAAGACGUCCGAAGACGCGUUGUUAAAAGUUGUUGUAUUUUCAGACAUAUUUGGAAUGAAAAUGAAGAUUCCAAACAGUGGUUCCGGAAAUGAUUACGGACAUGAAACUGACAUUAUUUCAUACAUGGACAAUAACUUUGAAUCUGACCUGGAUGUGCAAGGGACAGAGGAUAGUGACUUUUCCGAGUAUUUAUGGAUGGAAAAUGAGGAAGAAUUCGAUAAAGAGGUGAUCCAACAGUUAAUGGAAGAGGAACUGACGGAGGAAUGCUUAAAAGCAAUGUGGGAAGAUGAAAGGCAGCAUGAAAGGAAUACAAGCAAGCCUGAAAAUGUUGACAAUGAACUUUGGCAGCAACUCAAUCGUCUAAACCUGCCUGAUGACAUUGCUGAACGGAGUACAUUAAAUCCAAACGCAGCUGAAUUUGUCCCUGCAUUCAAGCCAGCAGUAACAUCUGUAAGUACACCACCAGAAGUUACUGCAGAAUCAUCAUAGAAGCCAUACAUUCCCUUCUUUAAAGUAAAUAAAAAUGGACUACAUGUAUGGCUAAAUAUUUACCACCCACAGUUAACACGGUCGUAUUAACAUGAAGCAUAUUAAAAGUUGAAUGACUGUGACUAAACGUACAAAGAUAUAACGAAUGUCAAAGUGGAUAAUACGUAAUGCUGUUAUAUGAUAAUCCAAGAUUAAUGAAAUCAGUUGCAAAACCAUAAAUUAAA